CUGGUAGUUUCCCCCUAAUCUUUCUGGUACUAGCGACGACGAGUGCGCAUCAGCGUAGCCCCAGCGUCGUCUUGAUUCCACACCCCGUGGCGCGGCAGCUGGAGCGUGUCAAUAGAAUUAAUCGCACCACUAGCUGAAACGGUAUUUAUACCUUCGCGGCGAUGGUCUCUUCCAGAAUCCCCGCGUUUUUUGUCCCGUCAAUAAGACUACCUGUGCCCAGCAACUCGCAUCUCGAACCUCGAUGAUAUUACAACCCUCUUCUGUAGGAGGAGUCAGCGACCUAGCCACCUAAUCCAUGCUUCUCUUGGCUGCCAGACUCUGACUUCGCGCGAUAGUCAUACGAGCCCAGGAUAUUCAUAAUUAGUCCAUUGAAAGCCGGACCGCGUCUAGCGGAGAAUGGCGAGUCGCGCGGUGAGCUUUUGUUGCCCCUCGGUGCACGCUGCCAGUCGCGUUUCAACAAACGAGCACGCGUACGGUCACGCGUACGGUUCGACGUACCGUACCAGGUUCUGCUCCCUAAGACCUAACCAGAAACGACUCCAAGCCCGCCCUCCAGCUGGACUCGUCCCGCCAGAGCCAGUCCGACGUGGCAGUCUGCUCGCGCGACAGCCUGGAGCCGUAGAUGACGUGGCAGCGACGGAGACGGAGCUAUCGUUGCCGUUGGCGCGAGAAGUUUUGGACAAGGCUGGAGGCAAGGCGGUCGAAGAGGACGGGCAGGAAGUGAUGGCGGGAGCGAAGGAGAGGGAGUCAACAGCAGCCACAGGCUCAGGGGUACAACCGGAGGAGCUUGUAAAGGGUACGUCCGGGGGAGCACAAGCGAUAGAGGGCACUUUGGAAUCCGGAAAGGAGGAUAGAGGAGGGGGGAGGGCAGAGGAGGGCGAGGAGGAGGGGGAGGAGACGGAGGUGAGGGUGGAAGGCGCAGAGGCGGGGAGGAAGGGGAAGGAUGCGCAGGAGCGUGGGAAGGCAGGGGUGGCUUGGGGAAGUGGAGUAGAGGGGGAGGAGGAGGAGGAGGGAGGAGGGGAGGACGAGGCGGGAGAGGAUGAUGGGGAUGCGGCGGCGGUGUGGCAAAAAGGGGUGACAGAGAGCCUGGGCCUGGGCGGGGCUCCCUCUAACGAGGCGGAUUUCAAGACCUAUGUGCGCAAGUGGGGCUAUGACGCUGUUGUGCUGCUGCAGACCGACGGCGAGCCCUCCGCCCUGGACUGGCCAUCAGUCGUGGAGGCAGCAGCAAAAGAGGGUGGCGUGGCGCUGCAGAUCUCACUGCCAGCUCUAGAGGACACGCAGCAAGUGGGGUGGCGGGUGUUUGAGGCAGUGCGGGCAGUGGGUACGCUGUCCGCCAUGGGUCUGCGCGCUGUCCUCUGCUCGUCCUCGACGGAUCUCUCCGCUUUCAUCGCCCUCAGCUUUCUAACGUUUGCAGGGCGCCACACCCUGGCAGAGGCGUGUGCAGCCAUGGCAGCAGCAGCUCCCGAUGUCCGUCUUUCGCUGCAACCCUGGCAGCAGUGCGUAGACCUCCUCUCUUCACUGGACACCCCGCGGGUCAGCGCCAUGGCUCAGGCGGUGUAUGAGCGCCGCAGAGACUCCGGCGGCCCGGGAGGGCCAGCUGACGACUGGGCGCAAGCCCAGCUGCAGUACGUGCAGCAGCUGGUGGGGGCGAGCGUGGAAGCCAGCGCCGACAUUCCCUUGGCCGCUUCCGAGGUCGUUUUCCACAAGGCCGCUGCCGCUGCUCGCGUGCAAAUUGACCAUCACAAGUCCCUGGCAGAAGCAGCCAUGGAUGCGGCAGCAGCAGCGCGCAGAGCAGCAACAGUUACAGAGGAGCGGUCCGAUGCUCUGGAAGCACAGAUUACUGAGCUGGAGUUCCUGGUGUCGGAGCUGAGCAGGGAGAAGGAGGCAGGGCACGGGGAGAAGCAGGCAGCAGUAGCAAGAGUACAAGAGCUGGAGGACACCAUUAGGCAGGCCAGGGAGAGGGAAGCACGGGCAGCAGAGGCAGCCCAAGCAGCAAAAGAACGCCUAGCCUUCGUCACACGGCAGGGCGAGAUUCUUAAAUCUAAGGUAGAUGCGGAGAAAGAGGCGGUGGCGGCAGUGAGAGAGCGGGUUGCGCUGCUGACAUCGCAGCUGAAGGAUGCGGAGCAGAGGGAGGAAGCUGCACGGAAGGCGGCGAGCGAGAUGGCGGAGAACAUGACGCGCCUCGUCAGCACGCUGCGGAAUGAGGUGGCGGAGCUGAAGGCUGAGGUGGCGGCGGCGGAGGGGAGGGAGCGCGAGCUGGAAGCGGCGCUGGAGGACGGGGCGAGGCAGCUGCGGGCGGCCUUGGACGCAGAGGCGGCUGUUGGCGCGCUGCGUGUCGACGCGGAGCGAGCGGAGCAGGAGCUAGAGGCCAUGGCGGGCCGGGCAGGGGACCUGCUGUCCCAAGUGGAGCAGGGCCGACAGGUGGCAGCACAGCUGGAGGCCCAGGUGGCGGAGGGGCAACAGCUGGCUGCCAGGCUAGCGGAUGAGGUGGACCGGGCGAAGAAGGCGGUGGGCGAGGGCGAGCAGAAGCACGCAGUGCUGGCACGGGACGUGGACACCCUUCGAGCCACGCUCACGCGCAUCCAAGGAGACGACCAGCUGCUAUCGCAGGAGGCCCAGCGACUCGCCCAAGAGUCCUCCCUCCUCAAACGCAUCCUUGUCGGUGUAUCAGGCCUGGCCGUGCUCCUCCUGCUGCUGCUGCUGCAGCCAGGAGGGGGGAGUAGUGGCGAUGGGAACGGUGGUGGGAGUGGCGAGGUGCGGGGUGGGCUGGAAGAGGGCUGGGAACAAGAGGAGGCAUUUGUAGGGAGGUCAGGGGGUGGAGGGGGUGGGGAUGGUGAGCAGGGAAGUAAUGGCCGACUUGGUUCGAGGCGAGCAGGUGCUGUGGAAGCAGUUGAUGUUGGUGGUGCUGGGGAUCAAGGCUCAAGUGGUGUGUUGUUGGAGGUGAGCGUGUAAGGGGAGAAGCGGAGAUAAAUAGUGGUGGCAGGCAGUCGUGGUGCUGCAGACAAACACAUCUAUUGUAGCACAAGAAGCUACCGGUAUGAUAUGUAGCAUGGUUGCGUGCAAUGAAGCAUUUGCUUUGCGGCAUUAAGUUAAAGCCCAUAGCCCAAAUUGUCCAAAAGCAGUGCGUUUGGAAGCUUGGGAUGGGCUCUGCGAGCUCUGGAAAAUAUUUCGCCAGAAUCAGGCCCCUAGAUUGGUUUUCAGGCAUGCUGAUUUUUCAGGGUAGGCCCAAAAGAACAUUCUCAUGAAUCAGGACCAGGGCUGAUUUUAUCAG